AACGACUUACAGUAUAGCGACAAAGUUGGUCACAGAAACCAAUGCACCAAUUUGCUUUACGAGUGAACAUUAGUCAUGAACAAAAAGCUCUAUACAUUCCAGAUUAAACUUUUACAUUCUUUACAUCCAGUUCUCGAGGAAUUGAAUUGGCAAGCUUGACCAAGCCACUCGAAAUUGCCCCUCGUUUACCCCGCCAAAACGAAGCUGGAGCUUCGCGAGCUAAAUAUUUACAUCCUCUCCCACAACAACUCCUCAUUUUCUAAUAGUUCUUCAAAUACACGCACAAAAACAUGUCAGGACAUUGCCAUGACGAGCAUUCGGGUCACGAUCACGGCCAUGACCAUGCUGAACACGACCACACAGACGACAUAACUCCCGCACUCCAAUACUCGCUCUACCAACACAUCAACUUCGACGACAUAACCACCCUCAAUGAGAGCGAAGCUCACUCUGGCAAAGCUAUCGUCAAGAAGACGUGGACCGAGCGUCUUGAAAUGGAGCCCGAGCUAGAGAGCGACGCUGAUGAGCAGCUAUUGAUGCAUAUUCCCUUCACAGGCCAAGUAAAGCUCCAUUCAAUAAUGAUCCGCACCUCACCCGACGACUCUGCACCUUGCACACUAAAGGUCUUCAUCAACCGCGACGAUCUCGACUUCUCCACCGCCAGCGAUUUGUCUGCUACACAAGAGUUCCAGCUUUCGCAAACGUCGGAAAUUCAAGAUAUCCCGGUGAAGAGAGCGCUUUUUGGGAAGGUGCAGAGCUUGACGUUGUUUGUGUUUGAUAAUUAUGGGGAGGAUACGACGAGAAUUAGUUAUUUGGGGUUUAAGGGCGAUUGGAUGCAGCUUGGGAGAGCGCCGACGAAUAUUUUGUACGAGGCGGCGGCGAAUCCGAAUGAUCAUACCAUUAAAGGGACUUCGAUUAAUCAGAUGGGAAGUAGUCUCGGGGGAAGGGAUGGGAUGUAAGGGGGAUGUGGAAGUUGUUAAUGGAAACAGGGACAAUAUGCAUUAAUUGUGAGCGCAAAAGUCUCCGGAGCGGAUGAAAUAAAAAAGUUAAGGAUACCAAGCUCAAGAUGUCAACUUGGCAUCUUGAAGCUAAGCAUUGGAUUCACCGAAUAUUACUAGACGAUGAAUGGAACACUGCAUUAUUAUGGACUUGAUAACAUUUACAUGAAAUC